CACACCAUGUCGCUCUCGGUCGGGACCCUCAAUCUCAAGUUCAUGCAGCGGGCUGCGGCCGCAAAGGCGCGGGACGAGUCUGUCGCCGCCGGCGGCUCGCCAGCGCCAGCGCCCGCCGCGCCGCCACCACUGCCAAAGGGCACCGACCAGGCCGAGGAGGACGCCAAGUGGUUCCUGCCGUCGCGGCGGGCAGCGCCAGCAGUGCCAGCAAGCACGAGCACCGCCGGCGCCGGGCCGUCCCGCCCAAGAGUCAACUUUGUCGCGUCGUAUCUCCCCUUCGUGGCGGACGAGGCGCCCGGCCGGCGCGCGUUCGGCGGGUUCGGCGACAAGCCCAAAGAGGAGGACGAGGAGGCGGAGGACAGCGAUGAGGAGGGAGUGGACAGCGACGGCGAGGUCGUCGAGGUCAAGAAGGCCAAGGGAAAGCGGAGGGACGACACGACGCCGCAACCCGCACCCCCACGGCGCGCGCCCGCGCAGGCUACCCCGGAGCCCGAGGACGCUGCGCCGGCGCGCUUCGUCCGCCCAGCAGGCUUCGACUCGCCCUCCAAACCAAAGGGGAAGAACAAGGCUGCGCCCGCGCCCCCGAAGCAGUCGCAGGCGGACAAGCUGCGCGCGACCAUCUCGAGCAUGAAGGGCGUGUCGGUGAGCGGGGUCAAGCGCGCGGCGGGCGACGCAGAGGGGAGCAGCAAGCGGUCCAAGGUUUCGUCUGGCCCCGGCAGCCCCGCGCCGUCGGCGAGCUCAAAGGCCAGCUCUGGCUCCAAGGGCGCAGCGGGUGGAGCAAAGCCCAAGAGCAAGAGUACUGGCGGCAAGCCAGCCCCAGCUCUCAGCCUCGACGAGAGGGAGAAGCAGAUCAAGGCGGCCAAGAAGGCGGCCAAGCGCGCCGCCAAGGCCUAGUAGUCGUUGCAGCAGCAUUCGCAUCAUUAGCAUUCAUAGUGUCAUGU